UGUCUUUCAAUAAAAAGUACAAAUGACAAUCACUAAGUCAAUUUAUUUUAUUUAAAGGGGCCAAAAAAAAAAAAACUCGUGCAGCUUUAGAUGGUGCGUCGAUAAUUAGUUAUAAAUCAAGGAUGGAAUGCAAGUUAGUUUCAUCAUUAUUGCUUAUCUUUCAAGUAUAAUUGUAUGCAAAUUAGCUAGCAAAAGGUGUCGGUCUCUUCAUCUUUAAUCAGAUGCCAUGCUGUUUGUUUGAUGCAUAAAGAAAAAUAAAAAAUGUCUUCCGGCAUUCCUAAGCUUACACCAAGUAAUGGCUCACAUAUGUGCCCAUCAGAUGUACAGGAAUUACCAGUUAAUAUCCCUGGAAACCAUCGCGACAGAGAAAAUACAAAUGGCCGUCGACCACCAGAAGACACUUUCCCUAAUACUACUCAAGCUGCUGUGGGAAACAGUGUUGUCAAUUAUUCUGGGCAGAUUAUGUUCAACUGGCAAGCAUCUCGUCUUACUGUAAAGGAUAGGCUAGCAUUUAUAUUUAAUAAAGAAAUUCUUAGUGACGUUCAUUUUAUUGUGGGUAAAGGUGCCCAACAGCAGAGGAUACCAGCUCACAAGUUUAUAUUAUCUGUUGGUAGUGCAGUCUUUGAUGCAAUGUUCAAUGGUGCAAUGGCUACAACAUCUGAUGAAAUAGAACUUCCUGAUGUAGAACCAGCAGCAUUUUUAGCUCUGUUACGAUUUUUAUACUCGGAUGAAGUGCAAAUAGGUCCAGAAACUGUAAUGAUGACGUUAUAUACAGCAAAAAAAUAUGCUGUUCCUGCUCUUGAAAAAGCUUGUGUAGAUUUUUUAAAAUCAAAUCUGAGCAGUGAUAAUGCUUUCAUGCUUUUGACUCAAGCUCGUUUAUUUGAUGAACCUCAGCUUGCUGCUUUGUGUUUGGAAACUAUUGAUAAAUAUACUUCUGAAGCUUUGGCUGCAGAAGGUUUCACUGACAUUGAUCAUGAAACACUGUGUGCUGUUUUGGAGCGUGAUACAUUGCGAAUUAGAGAAGCUAAAUUGUUCAAUGCUGUUGUCAGGUGGGGAGAACAAGAAAGCAUACGUCAAAAUUUAACAGCUAAUGCUGAAAAUCUUAGAAUGCUGCUUGGCCGUGCUCUUCAUCUUAUAAGGUUUCCCAUAAUGACUGUGGAGGAGUUCGCUGUUGGACCAGCACAAGCUAAUAUUUUGACUGAUAAAGAAAUAGUUUCUCUCUUUUUGUAUUUUACUGUAAAUCCAAAACCUCCAAUCAACUUUCCUGAUGUUCCUCGUUGUUGUAUCAUUGGUAAAGAGCAAACUGUAUGUAGAUUUCAACAGUCUGAAAGCCGAUGGGGCUAUAGCGGUACUAGUGAUAGAAUUAGGUUUAUGGUUGAUCGAAAAAUUUAUGUUGUUGGUUUUGGGCUUUAUGGAUCUAUUCAUGGACCUUCGGAUUAUACAGUUAAUAUACAGAUUAUUCACACUGGAACAGGAAAAUUACUUGGUUCAAAUGAUACAAGCUUCAGUUGUGAUGGAUCAGCCUCUACAUUCCGUGUAAUGUUUAAAACACCAGUAGAAAUUAUUCCAAGUAACAAUUACACAGCCUGUGCAACACUAAAGGGUCCAGAUUCACAUUAUGGAACAAAAGGAUUAAGAAAAAUUACCUUAGAUUGUCCAAGUGGUGGAAAAGUAACUUUUUUGUAUACAUAUGCUGCCGGGAACAAUAAUGGAACCUCUGUUGAAGAUGGACAAAUUCCAGAAAUUAUAUUUUAUACUUAAAGCAAUACUUUUGCUUUAAAGAAUAAUAUGCACAAAAUAAAAGCAAUUAUAAAUAUGUAUGAAACUGAGAAAACUUAUAUCAAAUGUGACUAAAUUGUCAAUCAAAAAAUAGUGUGCCAAUAUAAAUGUAAUAAUUAGCUAACAGUUUAUUUUUCAUGACACAGUCCAUUAGUUAGAAUUGCACAAGUGUAUUUAAAAUUGAUAAUUUUUUAAUGCUAGUGCCUAGCUAAAUUACAACCUUCAUCAUGUCUGAUAUGUUUCCUGAGUCCUGAGAAACAUCAAAAAAUACUAUUUACUAUUUUGUCAUAUAAUUUGGGAUUGAGUUUUAGUUUUUUUUUUUUUUUUUUUUUUUUUUUAAAUUUUCUAACUCAUAUUCUACUUAAAUUUUCCUUUUGCCAUUUCCUCCAUUUUAAUGAGGUUUUAAAUACAUCCUUUUCCUUCUAGUCAGUCAACUUGAGUUUUUAAUGGGAUGCAUUUAUCUAUUAUAUCUACCAGAAUUUUGUUGGGGAUUGAAAAUCUAUUAUUUGUAUUACUAAGUAGAACUUAUUUGUAGCUAUAGCAAAAAUUUCAAAACAUAAGUAGAUAUAUUUCUUUUAUUUACUUAUCAGAUCUUUGCUUCAAAUAAGAUACAGUAUGAAUUUAAAUUAUACGAAGUUUGUUUAUAUUCAUUAAAAAGUCUAAAAAUGUGAUGUUUUGUGUUCGAAUAAAAAAAGGACUAAUAAAAUAAUAAUAAUAAAUGAAAUAAAA